GGCGGCCCUAUUUGCGCCCGUGACAGGGUCUAGGGGACGUGGGGCGGGAUAGUUGAAGUCAGCGCCAGCCCACCCGGGACGUGAGGCGAAUGUGAGGCGAGCGCCUCAGGCCGCGGCAGAAUCCACAGGGGCAGCGGAUCCUGGUGUCGUUCUUCCCUCCCUCCUCCUUCCCUGGCGGGUGGGUGGGGGUGUCGUUUUGGUGCAGGCAUAGGCAAUCUUCGGCCCUCCAAAGGUUCUGGCCUACAACUCCCAUGAUCCCUAGCUAGCAGGACCAGUGGUCAGGGAUGAUGGGAAUUGUAGUCCAAAACAUCUGGAGGGCCGAAGGUUGCCUAUGCCUGUUUUGGUGGUUCAACUCAAGGGGCGGAAUGUCUUGGGCCAGCCUUGGUAAUGACACAUCCUUUGCUACUCCAUACAGUAUAUCUAUUCAUUGAUUCAUUUGCUUAUUACAUUUUUAUACCACCUCUCCAAGGAGCUCCAGGGUGGUGUACGUGGCCCACCCCCAAUCUCAUUUAGCUUUGUCUACACAGCAAAGCAUCUUGCCACCAGGCUGAUAAAAAUCUAAAUCUGACACAGUGAAUAAAUUGGCCUGUGUUUAAAACUGCAGUCCUUGAGCAGGUGGAUUUGCAUUUAAAUCAGCCAUGGCCUUCCAGUGACUUGUGGAUUGCUAAACUCUCACUGAGCAUACCUGUCAUUCCAAAGGGUGGCUUUGUAUUAUUGCCUUCUCUCAUCCAAGAAAAGAAAGGGAAAGUGGGGGAGUGCCUUCAUUGGGGCUGUAUGAAGGAAGCAAAAGUAAGUGAGCUUUGUGUUCAUUAAAACUCUUCAUUUGGGUUAUGAAAGAGAUGUUAAAAAGGAAUAAAAGCUGUUGUCUGCUAGAUGAAAAUAAAUAAAUUCCAGAAUGUAGUUUAAUAAUAAGAUGGAAUGAGGGAACUGCUAAUGCAGGUUUAGCUGGGCUGGAGAACGCUUGGUGUAUAAGGUUAUAGGACAGAAGCAUAGCUGCUCUCCCUUUGAAAAUGUGAAAGUCAACAGUUAACCGGAUUAUGUCUCUAGUCCUAGCUGGGACACGCAGGUAACCCAUGAGGCAGAAAACACAAAGUGAAAUAAAGAACUGGUUUAGUACCCUCUAGCCACUAGAUGACACUACCCAAAUUCAGUUUCUGUUGAUGUUAUUUCCAAUUCUACACCUAAAAUCAAUCUCCUUCGGUAAUACAGUGUAUCAGCAACCACAUUUGUUGUUCACUUUCACACUCUGCAUUACAUGGGACCUGUGGGCUAGAGAGAAAUUUUAAAACCUGCUUAUUUAUUAUCUCAAUAAAGGUAUUAUGCAACUAUUACUUUUGUUUUUUAUGGGUACUGUACUGUACUGUAUUGUUUCUUAUGAAUGUUAAAAGGAUAGGAAGCAGAAGAGAGCUCUUUUCACAUAGAAACUACAUUCUAGCCAGACAUAGAGAACAGAAUAGUUAAUUUAUGCCCCUUCCCAGUUCAUUCUGUAUGUACAAUAGGACACCUCUUGCAGGUUUUUGGGGAAUUACUGCAGUAAUAGAGCCUUGUACUUUAUUGCUGUUUCACAAUAGUCUGAAAGCUACAUUCCCAUAAUACUUUCGCAUACUGGUAUUCCAGUGACACCAGGCACAACUGAGGCUGGCUGUAAAGGAAGAAGGCCAAAAACGUAAGCUUGGUGUUUCUCUUGUUUUUGCAAAGGCAGACAGAGCCUUUGGCAUUCUGAAAUCUUUGUGGGGAGGCAUAUCACUUCAGAUCUGUCCAAACAAGAAUUUAUGUUUGGAAAAUGCAUUGUGGCUUUAUAGUACCAUGAGACUUCCUGUUGGUUGGUUGUGUGCAGAUUAAAUGUGGUUCUUAGAGCAUGUGAGUUACAGUACUUGAUAAUGCUGUUAGUUUUUCUUCCGAAUCUGUGUCUGUGUUUAGACCCAACCCUGCAUUCUCCUCGCUUUGUUUAUCCUGCUUCAGUGGGUGGAGAAGAAACACAAUAGCCUGGCAACAGUUUCUGUAUCUGAGUAGUAACAGAGUUGUCAUGUGUAAGCGUCACAUAGCAGCAUUGAGGGCAGUUGGACAAGGUGCGAUGUAACACAGUAUAGCUGUUAGAUUGAAAUUUGCACCAGAGCUGAAUGCCUGUGCCUGUGCCUGACUUUCUGUCUCGGGUUUGUGUUCAAGUUAAGAUGUAUAUGCAAGAAGCAACUACUGUAAUAUAAACCCUGUGCAGGUUUGUUUGGACAUUUAAGUGGGGUGGGGAAUUUAAUUUCUACCCCUUCCUGCACUUUGAAUUUGGGGAGGGAAGGUGUAAAAUGCAAAGAGUAACUUCUGCAAAGUUGCAUUUAAAUAAGCUGAAUUUGCUGUAUGGUUAGAAAGGUGGUGGUGUUGUCAUUUCUCUAAACAGGGAAUUUCUGAGUUUCUUUACUCAAAAUGCUGAAGACAUGAGAGAUUAAAUGUCAAGGGGUAUGUUAACCAGAUACUUGAAACCACUUUUGAGUGGGGAGAUGAUGUGGAUUUUCUGGAAAACUUUUAAUGUGAAAGGUUUGCAAUGCCCUAAAUAGAUUUGGCUCUAAUUUAGCAUGCUUGACUAUUUUUUAUAAAACUAAAAAUAUACACUAUGUCAAUUUUAUAUGCCUUAUAAUUUCUAUUUUCCCCCCAAGUAGCUGCAAGUAUUUGAACUGAAAUUUCGAUUUCAAAUAAACUGCACUUAUGGCACAAUCCUAGACAUGUCUACUCAGAAGUAAGAACUGUUGAGUUCAAUGGACCUUACUCUCAGGUAUGUGUGUAUAGGAUUGCAGCAUGAAUGCUGCUUCAUCUUCCCAAAAUACUCAAACGAAUUCAAAGCUUUAUUUGAAAGUAUUUUAAUGGAAUGCUUGUAGAUAUUUUAAGGCCAUGAUAACUUAACAUAUGUUCUAAGAAAUCCCAAGAGAGAAAAUUAAAACACUUAAAACUGUUAACAUACUAAUUUUAACAUGCCCAAAUAAUUUUGCAUUUAUAUUUAUUAUAUAGGCACCCAUGGUUCCUGUAUGAUUUCAAAAUUGCCCUAUUUGACUGGCAUUAUAUCCAUCCAUAAAACUUGUAUUGGGAAGCAGAAAAUUUUCUAUCUGCCUCAGUGGAGUGUGGAGAGAAAGGUUGCAGUUUGCUAAUACAGGAAAGUAAUAUAAGUUUUAAAACUUGGCCUGUGCAUCCCCAAUCUGUCUCUCUCACUCAGCAGCAGAUGCAGGCCCUUUUAGGCCAUAUCAAGAGGCUCCCUGGUCAAAGAGAUGAUGUUCCUAAAAUCUUCUUCCACUGCUUCUUCACUCCGAUCCCGAAGUCUCCUGGUCAACUCAGCCAGUUCCAUAUAUUCUAUCAACUUCUUCUGCCAUUCAUCCACUGUUGGUGAGACCUGUGGUUAAGGCUUCAAACCUCUGUCUGUUGGGAAAUGCAACUCAUUUUACAAACAAGAAUCUGCACACUGAAAAUGAAGAUAUGGUUAAGCAAAGCAUCACAUUAAGUCAUUAUGAGCCACAGGUAAACCGCACUAAGCAAGAAAUGGACACACAGCUCUUCUCUCCUUUGUUUGGAGGAAUAACUAACACACCGCCCACUGUGGAGUCUCCCCAGUUUUACAGUAGCUGGUCAACAUGUGGAGAUGAUGCCAAUGCUAUUGCCUCAUUACAUGGCUGCACCAAAAAAAGAACACAGGUAAAUUUAUCUUAUUCUGGCAACGGCCCUGAUAUGUUUGGCUUAGUGACAAGCAUCCUAGAGGAGCCAAGCAAGCAAGAACCUGUUACAGGCUGGAAUUCUCUAUCAAGAUUAUUUCCACCCGUGUGGUCAUCAGACUUUGAAAAAACUGAAAACUUCUCAGGGCUUUUUCCUACAAAAUGCGUGGAAAAUGAAGAUCCUACAAACUCAGUUGGUACUCAAAAUAUUUAUGAAGAAAGCUUGCAGAAGUCAUCAUCUGUAGAAUUACUAAAGAAAGAACUUGAAGAUCUCCAUGUUAUAGGAUCCUGGCUUGUGACUUCUGAUCCUUGCAGUCAGUCACCUGAUGAGAUUUUGAAGAAUGCUGAUUCAGAAAACAAGGCUUUUAAGAGUAAUGGAAUCAAUCACCAAAGUGGACUUGCAUAUCAGAAUGUACCCAAUUAUAACAAAAAUCAGUUAAACAGUGGCAAUGGGAAGAGCCAUACUGAUUUUAGCACUUUCUCAUCUCAUACUAGAAUAAAAGAUAGCAUGAAUACUGCUAAAGAACUCCAGAAAGCUGACAAUGCAAGAGGCAUGCUUGGGAAAAAUGAUACAGAAGGAUCAAACAAAUAUUUCACUCAAUUGUCUAAUUCUCCCGCUGAUGGAAUAUGGGAUCCAGUGAUCCAGCCAAAUUUAAGAUAUACAGAUGGUACAGCUGCUUAUGACUCUCAACAGUUUAGUUGCUCAUCUCCAUACCUUCUCAGUCCACUUAAUAAAGAGACUAGCUUUCCAGAAGGAAGGAAUGCAAAACCGCAGGCAAACCACCCACAAAAUAACCACAGUUGCAUCACUACAGAGGGGAACUUUGGCAAUACUGAAUGUAAGAUGUCCUUACAACAUCAGAAAGCAUCCUGUAAUCACUUGCCUCUUAAGCCAGCACUACAGAAUAUGAAUUCAUCUUACAAUGGAUAUACAUGGCUGGAUAGUAAGAUACUAAAUCCGGUGGCGACAUCGUUUUCAACUUAUGGGAAGCAAAAGCAAAUGAGUUCUCAGUUGUCUUCAAGGUAUUCAACUCAGUCUGGUGGAUGCUCCACCAGUCAAUCUGUAGCCCAGCCUUCUUAUUCACAAGUGGCACCAAUGUUGAACUCAAGAAAAGAUGGGAAACACAUCUCUGCUAACAUUCCUAACAGCUCAGGGUUUUCAAACUGCAAUGAAAAUAGGAAGCAACCUAACCCUAUUGGACACACCCAGAAGGAUUCCUUAGCUACUAGAGAGGGAUCCUGUAGUGAAGUAUCCACUAAUGCUUCCUCCAGGUGGCUGUCACAAAAGCAUUCUGUAAGUGAGUCUGCAAAACACUAUAGUUUUCAUAAAAAGCAAAGCCAGUUCUGUACUGAUGAGAGAACUAGGCAGAAUGAGAGAAGACAUAAAAAUAAUUGGAUUCCACACCCAGGCUAUGCAAGCCCAAAUCAAAUGCAGCCUGAUAUAUUGAGAAGAACAGAAGAACAGAAUGGCAGCAAUUUGUCUGAUUUCAUCAAUCCUUCUUUCCUACCUCUCUUCCCAUUAAUGCCUGAUUAUAAACAUAUACCUAAUUUUCCUCCAUUUAAUCCUCCCGCAUUUUCAUCACCAGCUAAUGUUGCAUUUCCCCCAUUGCCUUUUCCAUUGUCUGAACUCGCUGACCUCCUUCACUAUGAUGACCUACCCUAUUUGAGUCCUUUCUUUAACGAACUCUUCUGUGGAGAUUUGCCUGCGCAAUACUUUGCCUUUCCACCACCUCUUAACCACUAUAGACCUCCAAAGCAUCGCAGUGGAGCUGCAAAUGAACUUCAUAGUCAUCUAGAAGAUUGUUACGAACAGUGGAGAGCACUUGAGAGGGAGCGGAAAAAGGCAGAGGCAGAUCUGGCCAGAAACUUCCCAGGGAAGCGGGUAUCCAGCUCAAAUAGCACUCCCUUCUCCCGGCUUCCUGACAAGCCUUCCCGAGUGGAUCGUCUGAUUGUGGACCAGUUCCGAGAGCAGGCGAGAGUACACACUUUACUUGGGAAAAUGGAACGCCUUUGUGGUAAUCCUGUCCAUGGUAAUAUAUCUGCCACUUUAAGAUGUCAUUUGGAAGCUAUCUGUGCUACACGAGCAAGACGCAAGGAUGAGAUUGUUAAUGCUGCUAAUCAUCAGAGGCAAGGGAUACCUCGUUACAACAAUGAAAAAGAUGUCCUUGCUCUGGCGGUUGCCAUUAAAGAUUUGGCUUUCUUCACACGAAAAACGCGUACAGCUUUAUGGUGUGCUCUUCAGAUGACCCUGUCAAAAACCUCAAUGAACACGCCAGCAAAAAAAGAGGAAGUGGAAAGGGCUUUGCAAGAGCUCUGUCCUGUCAUUGGCAGCUUGCAAGUGAAGGCCAUCGUGGAGCAUGAAGACAAAGAAAACCACGAACUGCCUCAACAGGUCAUACAGUGAACGCAUCCAAGCAGAUAUUGCAGCGGUGUAGAAAAUGCGCCAGGCUGCCAGCAAGUCUAGUGGAUCUGUGCUGCGUUUCCACUGCUGAGAUUCAAGCCUAGAUAACAUGCAUUUCUGUAGUAGUAUUGCAGCAGUCUUAAUAUUGGUGGUAUAUGUCUAGGGCGUAAAAUAGAAAGGGUCAACUUAAGUGGAGACAAGCAAUAGUAGUUCAUAUUCUAGGCCACCAAUCCAAAGCUGUAACUCCAAGCCAUUAACUAGGAAACUAGCGAGUGGCGAAGCUAAUUGUGAUACCAAUCUAACACCUAGUGCCACUUCAUUCCUUGGUUUUGCGAUGCUAAUAUUUUAAGUGCCAACGUCGUUACCGAAUACUGUUUGUUUCAUACUGACAAUUAACAAUGCACAUUUAUUGUAUUGUCAGGAGCUGAGGAAGAAAUUGUCAAUGGUCUGGCUCACAGUAGUUGCAUUAAAUCAGCAGCUCGUGUUAGUUGCGUUAAAUCUGGAAGGAGUGUUGGAAGGUGUCUUAGCAACACAGGUGUCAAGCUGCACGAAUCAAAACUUCAGCUUCCAUAAGUGUGGUAAAACAACAGAAUCUGUUGAUUUUGAAAGAAAAUCAAAAGGAGUUAUAAAUGUGUAGCAUUAAGUAUUGCAUUAUAGUGAGCAUUAGCCAGUGAGAUUAAAUUGUUUAGAUUUAGAAAUGGAAUAUAUCGAUGACUUAGUGGCUUAAAACUACUAUUUAACUUGUUAUGCACUUAAUGAGCAUAUGGCUAUUAAUGAUUUGAGUAUUUAUUUUAAUGGUUAAUAUAUUAUUUUUAUUUUAUUUUAAUAUAUGUUUUGAUCUAUUGCAAGACCUAAUAAUCAGGCUUACGUUUGCUCAGGGUCUGUAUGUGUGUGUGUGUAUAUAUAACCUGGAAAUAUACACAGUAUAUAAUGUUUGUAGAGAUGGGAUGUUUGUAGGAAUAGCUAUAUAAAACCAAUCUGUACUAGGUUACCAAAGCUGGCUGAUUUAUUUUUAGCAUGAGGAAGUUUUGUAUGUUUAAUCACCAUCAUUAUUAGGCUUCAUACUGUGUCUUGGACAAUCAGAUAUAUUAUAUGGCCAUUGUGAAUGUAUAAAGCAAGAACUGGAACAGAUGGGGCACCAGUCCAAAAGUUUCCCUGGUACAUAUUGAUUUUGCUCACUGCAAGCACAGGCUUUCCCCUCCACUGUAAUGUUGGGGACAGCUUCAUACAAAUAAUGGGAUAAGGGGUGCACACACGUAAAUUGGUCCCUGACAUUUCAGCGGGCGAGAGGAGCCCCUAGUUCAUAUAGGAAGUGGUGUGUAUGUUGCUGAGCUUCAGUGUGUGACAGGAACCUCUGGAUUGGGGCGUUAAUGUUUGGGUUCUUGUCACUUAGGAGUAUUAAUGUUUCAACAAUCUUGUAAAAUGUGAGAAUACCUCUAUGUACUGAUAAACAAGUAAUAUGCGUGUGUUUUAAAUGUCCGUGGCAAAUUCUGGAGAACAGCUGUCUCAGUUCAAAGAAUCCUUUGGGAAAUGUGAGGGAUCCUGGUAGAAGAAACCUAGUUUGAAUGCUUGGAACAGAUUUUACUUGCUUACUAAGUUGUUAAGUUGGAUACUGCUCCCGGAAGCGUAAUUAAUGGAUUGGUCAUAAAUGUACUUAAUCUCUCUCCCCACACCCCAGGUCCAGCUUUGAGCCCUAUUGUGUACAGGUAAUGAAGAAGUUCUACCUCUGUCAUGUCUAGGUCAAACUCUGCCCCCUCCCAGCCACUUCCUGAUUAGCUGAGAAGGGAGCAGGGACAGGCGGCACUAGGCAGCCACCUAUAGCUGUGGUGACAAUGGGUAGCACGACCUUCACCCAGUCUCCCUCCCACUAAAUGCUGGCACAAAAGGAGCAGUAAUGCAGAUAGGAGCCUGGCUUUGUGAACGUUAAGAGUAAAUGUAAUAACGAGUAAAAGGACUGUAAGAUGUGUGCAGCAGGAACGCGCAGAAACCUCAUGUUCUCCCUCUUCACUUUAAAAAACAAAGGAAUCAUCGAAAGGCAUAAUAAUCAAGAGUGCCAUUUUCUUAGUUUGGUAUUUUCAGCCUUUGUAUUCCUUCGAAGGUUAAUGCUGAGAAAUUAUGCUUUGUGCAUUUUGCACUAAAUGUCAUGAGGCCAUAUAUGCUUUGUGGAUUAGAAUUAGUUUACAGCGUGAGGAGUUGAUCAUAUUUAACUCUUGCCAAUCUUACUGUGUUUCGAAAAAGUGGUUUGGUAGUCUUCACUUUUUUCUGUUUACAAAAUCAUGGUACUUCUCGAGGUCUGCUUUGUAGUAAUGGGUGUAUUAGACACUCUUGAGUUAUUAAUUUGUGAAAACUGUUUAAAACUGUGGUUAUAAUUGGUGGUUAUAAGUAAUGUGCCUUUCAAAGUCUUAAAAGAUAAAAUAUAACUGUGUAGUCACUUUUUGUUGCAACCAAGCAAUAUAUUUAAAGGGAUUAUAAUAAGCUGCAUUUGAUAGCUGUAGUUUACAGUAUGAAUGUUUCAUAAUCAGUUUCCAGCAUUGGUUUCCCUAGCUUUCGAAUAUAUGUAAUGUGUCUGUUUUAGUUAUAUUGCCUAUGAAGGCAUCCAUUCUCAUUUAAUUUUCUUUUGUGCUGGGUUUUUGUUAAAGCAGAAAACGCCUAUAACAUAUCCUCACCAAAAGAUAAAAUUAAAUUUAAUGCAUGUGAACUGAAAUUCAGUUUUCUGCUUUGGAACUGCAUUGAUUUGGAACUUGCAUUGAUUUGUGCAGGAUGUUUUUCGAACAGUAUUAGGUUCACCUGGCUGAUGGUCACAUGAUACUAAUGCCACUUAGGCCAUGCACUUACAUGUGUUGUAGAAUCAAUACAUGGCUCUUCACAUGGAGAUGCAGAACAGCUGCAUUGCUUUUAAUCCUGAACUUCGCCUGUAUACAUUAAGCUGGAAAAUAAGGCAUGCUCAGAACCAAUGCAGUUCUUUCCUCCUCUGACUCAUGUCAAUAUUUGCCAAUGCUCCAAAUAAAGCACACUGUGAUGUCCCAGCAAACAGCUCCUGCUGAACUUGCCCUGUGAUAACUCUGAUAUCAGGUGUGUUAAAUUAUUAUGCAGCUUAGAUGUGCAAAAUUUAGAGGUUCCUAAUCUAAAAUACGUUUAAGAGAUUUGUCUGAGUGUGUGUGUGUGUGUGUGUGUGUGUGUUGGUGUUGCAAACUUUUUGAGAAGAUGAGUUUUGUUGUUUUCUUAUGCUGGGAUGUUGGAAACUGAGAAGAGUAGCAAAGACUGGAGGAACUUUACAGUAAUCAGAUGACCAUAAAGCUAAAUGUGGACUGAGUCUAGUUUGGUUUAUUAUUAGGCAUUUUGUUUAUGUAGGGCAGGGGUCCCCAGACUUACCGGCGUUUGGGCCGGUUCCCACCACGCCGAUCGCGCGGCGGGCCGGAGGACGGGGGAGCGCGCGCCUGUGCGGGCCGGUGAGCGGGGGAUUUUCGGCACUUUUUUCCCGACCCGGAAGAGCGCUGCCGCGCUGUGCGCCGUAAGAGCAGGCGACGGGCGGCGGGGGUCGUCGCGGGCCGGAUUGGCAGGCCAAUUGGGCCGCAUCCGCCCCCCGGGCCGUAGUCUGGGGACCCCUGAUGUAGGGCCUGUUUAUUUGUAGACAAAAUGCUACUAGAAUGUUGCAACAUUUAGCCUUAAGAUGAGAUACAAAGUGAGUAGUACAUGAAUAGCUUGGCUCCAGAGGAGUCCUUCUGCAAGCUGAAAUUGGGCAGCGGGGAGGUGAUUUCCUUCCAUCCCCUCUGCUCCCACCCUAGCUGCUCCAAAGGAUUGCUCAGCUCUCCAGAUCCCUUAUAGCAGGGAAGUGUUUAAUUCUGUAAGCAGAAGACCGCCAACCAAUAUCUGGAUCCAUUUCCACUUUUUAAAAAAGCCACCCUGAUCUUCUGUUACCUAAAGCUACAGAAUUCACCAGGCAAAGGUUGCUUUGCAUGUGCCCAGAAGCACUUGUGCUUUUCAUUCCUCAUCUUUGGAGCGAUACUCUCUCUCAACGCCUUGUUGUGAACAAGUUUUAAAAUUCAGAGUCUCCCAACAGUGGUGUGGCAUGAGGGCUGCUGCUUUGAACAACGCUCUAUCGAGCAUAUGGAAUUCUUUGCAUUUUUCUCUGGACUUUGGCUAUAAUAAUAUCUACAGUGAAUGGACAAAACAUGUGGCCUAAUUAGAUAACAUUAUUUUGGUUUUAAUGGUUCUCAUUGAUCAUUGUUUUAGUAACCUAUUUUUAUGUUUGAUAGUGUUUGGUUUUCCUUUAAUGUUUUGCACCAAUAAAUGCUAGAAACAGGAUUAUCUGUAGAAAAACACACACAUUUAGAAUGAGGAAAACAGACUGCUUUCAUUUAAACCUAAAUAUUCUACUGUAGACACCUAGUCAGCCUACAAGUUUACAAGUUUUUGAGAAUUCAGCAUCCUCUCUCUCUCUCUCUCUCUCUCUCUCUCUCUCUCUGUGUGUGUGUGUGUGUGUGUGUGUGUCUGUGUUUUUACUUGCCUGUCUGGAAACCCAGCUUGAAAUUGUACCCUGCAUGGUUUUAUGGGUCUUAAUCACCAGCACACUUAAACUUUUGGUAAACAUUUAUAUAAAAUUAUGAAAAUCAAUAGCUGUACUUGUAAAUGCUUUUACAACAGAAUUUCGUAGCGUCUUGUAAGUAAUUUUAAAAGUCGAUUAUUUUUUUUGUUCUAGGUUUCAUUUUUUAAAAGAAAAAUGUGGGUGUUCUUUGUUAAACUUAUUAGCAAUACUCAUUUUGAGUGGGGGGAAAGUGUUAAGUUACUUAUUCAGCUUAUGGACAGGUUUAGCUGGUUUGUGAGAAACGUUGAAAAACUGCAACAAUUAGUAAUAUAUCUUGCCUGCUUUGCCAAAUGAACUAUAAAUUAUUGUACUUGUUGGCAAAAUCGAUAAGAAAAAGAGAUGACUGUCAGCAGGAGGUCAGCUCAAAACAAGUGAGUACAUAAUGUCUGUGGUGUGCAGAAACAUGAGCCUUUUCUUUCAAAUGAGGCCAUUUCCACUUCAUUUGGGAAGAGAAGCUUAAAUUAGUUUUUUUAAUAGAUAAUGUGAAGACAUACUAUGCUGUUUAAUGCCUUGUGCAUCUUCAGCUAAUCUUGUUGAAUGGUAAAAACGUGUACACUUUGGUUACAAUUUGGUGACAUAAUUGAAAAAACUAUUGUGAUUUGAUCGAUUGGCUAGUUUGAACUGAAACAUGUUGACGGAGAGGUCAGUUGCUAUAAGAUACUUUACCAGUUCAAGUGCUGAUUCAUUGUAUCUGGAAACAAUUGUGGGUCUGAAACCUUCAAAAAUCUCACUUCUACCUCUCCUGUAACUUUCUGGAUGAUGAUGAUGGCGAUGAUGAUGAUGUUGGUGGUGCUUGUUCUACACUGAACUGUGGUAUUGCUUUAAGUGAAAUGGGAUCCCAUGCAGCUAUGGCUAAAUCAUCACUUGUGUGAAGUCACUUAACAUGUGCACUUGUCCAUUAUAUUAAGAAAAUGGCAUGCUUGUAGAAAGGCACAAAAAGUUGUGAUGUCUUGAAAAAGGUUUGUUAAAGAGUUUUGGUGAAUCCUAUAAAAAUCAUGGUGAGUGACCUGUUCUAGCAUUGUUUUUAUAUAUAAUGUUAACUUGGUAUGAGCUUGAUUGCUUCAAGUAUUCAGUUCUAUCUAUGUUUCAUUAUCUGCUGCUGGUUCCCAUAUAAGAUAUACUAUUUUCUUCUUUUUUUUGUAAUUUUCACUCAGUGCUUAUUAUGUGUGCUGGCUAACACUUAAACAAUUAAAGUAUUUAAUAUUUAAAUGACUCUGCUUGUGUGAUUUAAGAAAUCAGUGAAGAGAAAUUACCCAUUAGGAAGAAAUGAGGGAAAUCAAAGUGGGAAGAAGCCCUUAAUAUCCUACAUAUGUGUGCUUGAUAGCAAGCCAUACUAUUCAGUGAGAUAAGUUUAAUGUUAAGUGUCUUGGACUGCUUUUGUCAGCAGAAGAGGGAGGGAAGAGAAUUUUGAGCAUUCCCACUCUUCCAUGUAUCACCUCUAAAUCUGCCAGUCUUCUGGAAAAGAUUAAGGGGGCUUUGAGGACUGCAAAGAGGAGAAAUUACUAAAAGUUGCUUCCUAACCCAUUUUGCCAAUUGAAGCCGAGUAACAGCGUUGGAGAGAACAGAGUCUGCUUAGUAAUUUUAAACCUAGAUUAAGUCAUUAACUUAAUCCAGACAACUUUAUCUAAGGAGUCCCUUCCAGUUGUGAUGGAACCUUAAUUCUCAAUAGAGGUUUACCCAAAUUAAGAGAAUCUACAACCUGUUCUAUUUCCCACUACUUAUAAUAUUCAACAUGGACUUUUGAUCCAGUGGGAGGCAUCCAAUCUUCAAUAAGGAGACAAUAUUUUGCUUAUCCCUUCUCCCCAUCUCACAGUGCCCCCUAAAAAACUUUUUGAGGGAUUCUUGACCCCCACCUCUAUCUGAGGGGGGAAAUCAGUGGAUGUGUCGUGUCCAUCUGAUCCCCCCAUCACAGCCUGAAAAUUGUUUAAUAUUUCCCGAUCUUGUUUUGUGAAUAGUUUAAACUGCUGCUCUUCCAUAACAACGUUUACAAGAGAAUUUUACCCCACAGGGUGCAAUGAUGGCUACCAACUUGGAUGGCAUUAGAAGAGGAUUGGACAAAUUCAUGGAAGGCGAGGCUACCAAUGGCUGCUAGUCAUUGAUGCUUUUGCUGAGGUUUCUGCAUUGCAGGGGGUUGGACUAGAGGACCCUUGGGGGUCCCUUCCAACUCUAUGACUCUGUGAAUCUAUAAUGGCUAUGUUUUAGAUACUUGUGUCAGAGACAAUAUUCUUCUAAUUACCCAUUCCUGGGAUUCAUAAGUGCAUCCCAGCAGGGCUAAGUGAGACCUGCAAAAAUAAUCUUGCAUUAUACAGUUUGGGAGGGUGUCCACAAUGCUUCAUGUGGGGUUUUAUGGAUCUCAGGCUGAGACCCUACCUACCCGUGGACUGUCUUGCCAGAGUGGUGCAUGCUCUGGUUAUCUCUCGCUUGGACUACUGCAACACACUCCACGUGGGGCUACCUUUCAAGGUGACCUGGAAAAUACAACUAAUCCAGAAUGUGGCAGCUAGACUGGUGACUGGGAACAGCCGCCAGGACUGUAUAACACCGGUCCUAAAAGAUACUCAGUGGCUCCCAGGACAUUUCUGAGCACAAUUCAUAGUGUUGGUGCUGACCUUUAAAGCCCUAAAUGGCCUUGGCCCAGUGUAGCUGAAGGAGUGUCUCCACCCCCAUCGUUCAGCCCAGACACAGGUCCAGCUCCAAGGGCCUUCUGGCAGUUCCCUCCCUGCAAGAAGCAACAUUACAGGGAACCAGGCAGAGAGCCUUCUCAGUAGUGGCACCUGCCCUGUGGAACGCCCUCCCCACAGAUGUCAAAGAAAUAAACGACCAUCUGACUUUUUAGAAGACAUCUGAAGGCAGCCCUGUUUAGGGAGGUUUUUAAUAUUUGAUGAAUUACUGUAUUUUAAUCUUUUGUUGGAAGCUGCCCAGAGUGGCUGGGGGAACCCAGCCAGAUGGGCGGGGUAUAAAUAAAUUAUUAUUAUUAUUAUUAUUAUUAUUAUUAUUAUUAUUAUUAUCAUUAUCAUCGUCAUCAUCAUCAUCAUCAUCAUCAUCAUCAUCUCUGUGGCUUCUGAUAUGACUUGCUUACCUGCCUUUAGAGGCAGCACAUGUUCCUAUGCCCACUCAGUGGAAUAAAGCAGAACUUUGUGUUGCCAGCUUUUGGAAACAUGACCUCUGUGUUCUAUACCGUUGGAGGCAGCAAGUCUGGAAGGCAGCAGCAUUUAAAUGUUUGGCUUCCAGCUAUGCAUUCAUCCUGGACUUAAGCAGCAGAAACCUGGCAUAUUGCCUUGGCCUUUGUGAAGUCAUUGCAGGUGUUUGACAAGGCUAGUCCUUUAUAGCAGGAAGAUUUGCAUAUCAGACCCAUAAUUAUUAAUCAAUCAAUUAAUUAAUUUUGUACACUGCCCUUUAUGCCAGUGCAAUUCACAGCAGAAACAUACAGAAUGAGCAUACAAAAUACAGCAAAAAACAAUCCCCUUCCCACAAGCCUUUUGUUGGAUGAGAGAUUGGUUUUUGUUAGAAAACGCUGAUGUAUUAGACUUGGAAGGUCAUGAUAAUGUAUUUGGAUGGCAUGCAUAUGUAUGUUAUGAUAAAGUCAAGGUCCAUAAAGGUUUUAAAAGUCAUAUUAUUAGAAAAAUCCUUGUAUAAUGUAUGGAUUAGAUAUAAAGAUUUGCUUGAACCGAGAACACCCAGACGGAUUUCACAUUUAGAGGCUAAGAUGCAGAAAAGACUGAAUAUGGAAAUCAAGUGGUUAAAAUACAAAGAUAUUUUGGUGGAGGAAGGAGAUCAUAUCAAAUUAAAAUCUUUUGAAAUGUUGAAGAACAAUGUAAAUGAUUGGUUACAAUAUUAUCAAAUUAAUGGUGUAUAAAAUGGAUAAAAAAGUUGGUUUUCAAAUGAAAAAGUCUAAAUUGGAGACGGAAUUGUUAGAAACAAAAACAAAAAAUCUCUCAAAAAUGUAUAAUUUAUUGUUGGAAUGGCAUACGAAAGUUGAACAAACGAAAUCAGUAAUGAUCAAAUGGGCAAAUGAUGUGGGACACAAUAUUAUGGUGGAGGACUGGGAAAGGUUGUGGAAGAAAAGCAUUAAAUUUACCGCGUGAAAUACUCUAAGAGAAAAUAUGAUGAAAAUGAUGUAUAGAUGGUAUCUAAGAUUUAUCAUAAACAUGAUAAUAAAUGUUGGAAAUGUAAAAAAACAAGAAGGAACCUUUUACCGUAUGUGGUGGACUUGCCCCCAAGUAAGAGACUUCUGGGAAAAGAUUUAUAAUGAAUUGAAAAAAGUGUUGAAAAACACU